CUUCUCACACUCUGUGAGACAGGCUGCAGAAUGACGUCCAUGUUUUGCUCCAGCUCAUCCCAGCCUGGCGUGGGACAGGGAAGAGAAAUGGCUGCAGUGGAGUCAGUCCAGGUAGAGAUUAUCGGGGGGUUGCUGGUGGGUUCCUACUGGAGGAAAGGGAGAGCAAAUACACCAGAGGGGCCGGUGACCUUUGAGGAGGUGGCUGUGUAUUUCACCAGGGAAGAGUGGGCUCUGCUGGACCCCGCUCAGAGAGCCCUCUACUGGGAUGUCAUGCAGGAGAACUAUGAGACGGUGGUCUUGCUGGGCCAGAGAAUAACAUCCAUGUUUCGCUGCAGAUCAUCUCGUCCUCCCAGGGGCAAGGAAAUGGCUGCAAUGGAGCUGGCUCAGGGGCCGGUGACCUUCGAUGAGGUGGCUGUGUAUUUCUCCAGGGAAGAGGGGACUCUGCUGGACCCCACUCAGAGAGCCCUCUACAGGGAUGUCAUGCAGGAGAACUUUGAGACGAUGGUCUUGCUGGGUCAGGAUUCCUGUCCCUUCUGUUCUUGGAAGGGGAAAUGAAGAGUGAAGGUUCAUGCCACCCCCACAAUGCCAUCUGUACCCUGUCCUGUUUCAGCAUCACCCCAAUAGGCCAGUGACACACAUACUACCGGAGACCCUCCUCUGCUGCAGAACACUUUGGGAACAGAGCACAGGAGCAGUAUCAUACAAUGUCAAAUAUCUCCUCUUUACUCAAGUAAAACUGGGGGUUAGGUCCAGCAUAAUGAACAGAAGGUUCCUACCCCCAGCCUUCUCUCAAACCCUGAGCCUUCUCUACCCAAACCAGAAUGUGCUUGGGGUGUAACAAGCAGGCGGCUGGAAUCAGAGCUGCCGGUCCAGGGUUACUUAUCAUACAGACACUCAGUGCGUCCUUGAACGCUGGCUGGGAGUAUCCAGACAGGGGAGCUCCAGCAGCAGAACUCUGAAUCUCACCCAGGAUUACAGAUGACACAACUCCUCACUGAUCUAGAUUGUACCCUAGCAUGUGAAAAUGGCCUAGGUUGGUAGUGACAUUUCUUGAGACAUGGAGAGUCUUGCUCCCAUAUCACCAGGUGUAAUAAAAAUAACAGGAAAGGCCAAAUAUGGAAAACUGAUUGUUCAGCUUGCUUUUGACCUGCAUCAUAUUUUGCAAUAUAUUCCAAAUAAGGAAAUUAACGUGCAACGUAUGUGUCAUUGUUUGUGGUUUUAAGUUGUAAAAGGCUUGUGUGAUUUUUAGCUCGGGGACAGUAUUCCAAUAGCUGUCGCCCCCUGCGUCCUUGUAACCAAGAAAAGAGCCUCAGGCUGAGCUGAUUCAAAAUCAGUCCUGUGGUUGUUUUCCACAACAGCCUUAAUAGGUCCCUGUGAUGGAAUGUAAGGCUACGUCUAGACUACCCACCGUAUCGGCGGGUUAAAAUCGAUUGCUCGGGGAUAGAUAUAUCGCGUCUCAUCUAGACGCCAUAUAUCGAUCCCCGAGCGCGCUUAUAUCGAUUCCGGAACUCCACCAACCCCAACCGAGUUGCGGAUUCGACAGGGGGAGCCGCGGACAUCGAUCCCGCGCGGUGAGGAUGGGUGAGUAAUCCGAUCUUAGAUAUUCUACUUCAGCUACGUUAUUCACGUAGCUGAAGUUGCGUAUCUAAGAUCGAUUUCCCCCCGUACUGUAGACCAGCCCUUAAUGUCUUCACACCUUCCCCCUGCAGGAGAAUGGCUAUUGGACCAGCUGUUUGCCUUGCUGUCUCUGAGGAACUGGUCUGUGGGUGUUCCCCAGAACUGAAACUUUUUCAGUAAUAUCAUACUGUAAAAUCUCACAAUUUUACAUACAGUGUUACUACACAUUUUAACAGGAGGAUAAUAUUCAGUAGGUUAUGUGUUUUCUAAUGAUACCUCACAAGCCAUACUGGGUACAAAAUUGAUCAUAAUUUUCUAGAAGAGUGAACACAGGGGUAUAGACUGACACAGUGUCUGUGUGUGUGUUCCCAGCAGAUAUGUGGGUAUUUCAAUCCCUCAUAAGCACAAUGUUUGGCAUCUUCAAGGACCUGGGGAACUGGUCCUGGGAAUUCACUAGUUUAGCAAGUGUGAGACUGCAUGAAAUUGUGAGACCCUUUGGUAUUAAUAAUAAAAUAAUAUAAUCUGAUAAAAUUGCAAUGAAUCAUGCUAGGUAUGCCAUGUAAAGUGGCAAUGAAAAUGUUAUGAUUUGCCAAGUAUGAUAAUUUUGUUUCUAUGUUUCUAUCACCCUUGUAUUGUGAGUUACAGAUAUGUAGGGUAUAUCUGUAUUUCCAGACUUGUGCAGUGUUUCUGGGUGACACCCCCAGACAUAUUGGCAUCAACACUGCCUAGCCUGUUUGAUGGCCCAUUGAGGGUCAUCAGCUGUACAAUGAGCCCAUGGACCAAGGGGAUACACCUAUUGAGUCAGCAAGACAUGCUGGGGUAUGCCUGUGUAAUGAGACCUCCAAAGCUUUUCCAUGCCAUGUGCUGUGAAGCUUGUGUUUGGGACACAGGAAGUACAAGCCACAUGGCAAAAGGAAUAUAAAGUGCAGCUGCAUCAUCUCCAUCUUGUCUUCAAUCCCCCUUCCUACCUCUGGAGCAACUUCUCUACAAAUUGAACCCUGGAACAAAGGACUGAAUGACCCAUCCAAGCUGUGGAUGCGUUCCAGACAGACUUUCAAGCCAGCAACUCACCAAUACUGCUAAGAACCUGAUAUAUCCAUUUUGGAAUGUAUCUGACUGCUUUUCCAUUUAACUUCUUUCUGUCUUUCUUUCGUUUAAACCUUUAGUUUAGAUGCUAAAGAAUAGUCUGGAAGGAUGGAAUUUAACUUCAUUCUUUCAUUCGUUCUUUCUUCUAAACAUUUAGUUUAACUGCUAAAGGAUUGGCUGUCAGCAUGGUAUUUUGGAUGAGAUCCAAACCUAUAGUGACUGGGUAAUGUGGCUAACCUUCCACCCACCCACUUCCUGGAUCCAAUUAGGAUCACUCUCCUGCUGCCCUCUGGCCAUGCUGU